AUGUUAUAUCGCUAUCUUCUCGGUAGUAAUACAUUUUGGAUUGGAUUCCAUAAAUAUGGUUCUAUAUAUAGAUGUGAUGAAGGAACGCCAGUGAACUUCACCUAUUAUCGACAAAGUCAACCAGACAAUUGUUGCCCAUUGGGUGCUGCCACAUGUACACUUGUCAAUUACAUUGGAUAUGCUGGCCAGUGGGAUGACGCUGGAUAUAACAAUGUUUGGCGACAUCGCUCAAAUAUUGUAUGUAAAAAGCCAAUGCAUACAAUAUAA